CCUACAGCGUCAAGCAGGAGUUCCUGUUGCUGACAGCCAUGCCGGAUACAGGGAAGCUACAGGGAGACAAGCAGUUUCCUGAGGAACUGAAGCCAUCCCGGCUUCAUGUCAUCUCAACCUCUUGUCAUCCUGGAUCCAUGGUUGAAGGUCAGCAAAUCUCCUGGAGCUGGGAUGCGUGAAGGUCAGUGUCUAGAUACACCAUCGUAUGCUUUUCACUGAGGAAACGGAGUCAUGGUUUCUGCAUUUGCAAAACAUGCUGAAUGACCUGAGGUUUUCAUUUGUUUACUGAAUAAACCAGAUAUACUGUUACACCAGAAUAGUUUCAAAACAGUCACCCAGUGUGCAGGCAGCCGGCCCAUAGAUACGGUCCACAUAUGCACACUCACAGUCACAUGGAGGGAGAUGCUAGAGAGAAUGAAGGCAGCAGGAACUGGUCCUCACUGAAACCCGAGGGAGAAGCAUCCUACAGUUUCCAGGAAAUUAUGGGUCAUCAUUCGUCAGCAAAGUGACCAGCAGACAGCCCACCUCCCACCCCUCAGUUUGUCCAAGCUGAGGAUGAAGGAACAAGAGAGUUUGCUGUCUCUCUGAUUGAACGUGAAGCCGACUGGGAAAAUGCUUUCAGACAGGCAGCUUGUUCAGCCCCUUGUCUAUACGGAGCGCCUGGAGCUCAUCCGAAAUGUCUGCAGGGAUGAGGCCCUGAAGAACCUCUCACACACCGCAGUGUCCAAGUUCGUCCUGGACCGAAUAUUUGUCUGUGACAAGUACAAGAUCCUUUUCUGCCAGACUCCCAAAGUAGGCAACACCCAGUGGAAGAAAGUGCUGAUCGUGUUAAAUGGAGCCUUUCCUUCCAUUGAAGAGAUCCCUGAAAACGUGGUUCACGACCACGAAAAGAAUGGCCUCCCUCGCCUUUCCUCCUUCAGCAACGCAGAAAUUCAGAAGCGCUUGAAAACCUACUUCAAGUUUUUUAUUGUAAGAGAUCCCUUCGAAAGACUGAUUUCUGCUUUUAAGGAUAAAUUUGUUCACAAUCCCCGCUUUGAGCCUUGGUACAGGCAUGAGAUUGCCCCCGGCAUCAUCAGGAAAUACAGGAGGAACCGGACAGAGACCCGGGGCAUCCAGUUUGAAGAUUUUGUGCGCUACCUGGGCGAUCCCAACCACAGGUGGCUGGACCUUCAGUUUGGGGACCACAUUAUUCACUGGGUGACGUAUGUAGAACUGUGUGCGCCCUGCGAGAUAACAUACAGUGUGAUUGGUCACCAUGAGACCCUGGAGGACGAUGCUCCUUACAUCUUAAGGGAGGCCGGCAUAGACCACCUGGUGUCAUACCCCACCAUCCCUCCGGGCAUCACCGUGUAUAACAGAACCAAGGUGGAGCGCUACUUUCUGGGCAUCAGCAAGCGGGACGUCCGCCGCCUGUAUGCCCGUUUCCAAGGGGACUUUAAGCUCUUUGGGUAUCAGAAGCCAGAUUUUUUGCUAAACUAAUGCGUAGGACUGUGAAUUCAGAAACCCUCGUUAGACCAGAGGCUAAGCAGAAGGGAACCUGUGCACAGGAACGAUGCUUCCUCCAUCACCCUCCUUAAGACUCCUGUGUCAGCGGUGGGCCCACAGGCGCCUCGGCCGAUGAAGCUGCACCCUGACCGAUGAAGCUGCACCCUGACCGUGACGGCGCAGUUUGAACAGCAGGUUCACUGAGGGCCUUCGUCCCCCACUCCCUGCCAAUGCCAGUAGGUCUUUGCUCUCCUUAGGGAAAAGAACUACACGUUUGCAGUCUAAAGACCAGGAGGAAAAAUUAUAUGGCACUAGGAGUCAUUUCCCUCAGCUGUCAAGGAGGCGGGUGCACCACAGCUCCCCUAGAUGGCGGAGAUCGCCUAAAUGGGGGGUCGCAGGAGUAGCACGCAGCACUUUCGGGAGACCUGAAAAGAUGAUGGUGUGCAGAAAUUGCAGGGGCUAAUGCAGGCCCAAAUCUGCGUAAUAAAAUUACUCCCCUGGCCUUCAUCUUGGCGCUGCUAUACUCAUAGAGGUAAACCAUUCUGUCCAUGACUGUCUUCUUCCUGUGACAUUCAGGGGUGACCCAAAGGCACUUUUUGGCAGCCUAUCUUUUCCGAAUACAUGUCUGCUUACUAUCAGUUCAUAUUUCUGAGCCUCUGCCAGCCAAGUGAUUAUCUCAUUCAGCCCUAGAUAUAUAAUUUUGGAAAGUGAGAGGAGUGUAUAUUCUUUCCACCUGAGAAAGCGAACAUCUUUGGGGGCCUUAAAGUGGCAUGGGAAAAGGAAGAGCUGGUUGGGUUCUGGAGCUCAGGCUGCUGUGGAUUUGGGCCUGCCCGUCCUGAUUGUUGUCCCUCUUCGUCUUUGUCCUGUCUGGAUGGGCAGUGGGGACUUUUCUUCCUUUCUCCUCCGGGGCCCUCCCCUGGGGCUGAAGGCCAGCAGGGCAGCAUUGCAGUCAGUGCAAUUGACUCGUUUCGGUCUCAUCUCAGCCAGCUGCUCACCACUGGACCUGUUUUUGAUGGUGCCAUCACCCUGGACUCUGAGUUGGAUAGUGAGGUUCACCAGCAAUAAAAUCCUGGGCUGAGGCAGCCUCCAGUAAUACAUCUUCCAGGUACUGAGGAGCGAGCCACGGCCACUCUGUCAGGUGCCUUCUGACCCCGAGAGCCCUUGAGAUAAGGGAUUGUUUCCCUGUGACAAGUCCCAAGUGCCCAUGAGCCCAGCUUUUCUUCUAGGCAACCUCAACCUUCCCUUUUUCAGAAGGGCUGCCUGAGUCUGUAAAUGUGAAAGUAAACUAAAUAAAAAAUAUGUCCAAACCUGA